UCAUAGUUUAGAUAUAUCUGUAUAUGAUUUGAUUUCGAAGCUUAUUGGAAAAAUAGAUAUCAAAUUUUAAUGAGAGAUUUCAUUGAAGAAAGCUUAUUUGUUUGUCUGUUGAGUACUAAAACUAUUCUACAGAAAUUGCAUUAACAUUGAAACUUAUAAAUGACAUCGAUGAAAAUAUAUUUUUGGAUUUAAGGUCGAGAACCAAAUUGAGUGUGUAAUUGAUAUUUAAAACUUAAGUCAAACGGAAUGAAGGAAGCUUAAAUGACAGACAGGUUAAUUAAAUUUGGAAAAGUGGUAAAUUAAACCUUAGGAGAUUAUGAUUUUGCAAUAACAGUUAAAUUCAAAUUCAAUUUUUAUCUACUCUGGUGUGACUGAUAUAUUAGAUGUGCCCUGGUAGAUGAUAAGAGGGUCUAUCUUGUAGAUCUAAUUGAGUAAACGAAAUCGGCCCUAAGCCCAAUAAAACACAUGCGUUUAAUAUUUGAAAGUUCUUUGACUGCAGCGCAUCAAACUUGUUAAACCUUGUAAUAAACCUUUGAAAUUGCACGUUUUCCUGUUAUAGAACAUAACAUCAAGGGAAAUAUUAAAUUUUUUAUUUAUUGCUUGAAUAAUUGGUGUUAAAAGUUUCAACAUGUUGAAUUUUGCUUCACAAUUCAUGCAUUUCGGAAAACAUGGAAGAUAUUGUCCUAUUGGCAUUGGUGAAAUAGAAACCGACUACAACUUCUAUCAUGACCACAUGAACACGCUUAACAACAACAACACCCUUACGGUCAAUCAGAAUCAAAUAAACAGCAUGUUGAUAAAGGACAAUAAUCCGAAAAACACGAGCGAGCCGAUGGAACAGGACCAGCCUGAUGCAGAUUACAUCAAAAUGUUUGUUGGACAAGUGCCACGCUCGAUGGACGAGGCUCAGUUGCGUGAAAUGUUCGAGGAGUAUGGUCGAGUGCAUACGAUCAAUGUUCUGCGAGAUAAAUCUACAGGAUUGAGUAAAGACCGUUCUUUGUUCAAUUAUAAUUUUUCCGAAUCGAGAUAUUGGAAAAAUCUAUGGAAGGGAUAA